AUGAGGACGGUGGGGGCGCAGAAUGAUGCUCGCAAGCAGCACAGCUGCUCCGCCGCCCUCCGCCUUGCGCUGCGCGCCACGCGUUUGCGCGCACGAGUCAGGAGCGUCGCUGCAUUGGCUGCAUUGGCUGCAUUGACUGCAUUGGCUGCAUUGGCUGCACGAACCACGCUGAACGAUCAAGUGCAAGAUCCCGACCCACGGGGUCUGGUGGCGUGGAUCUCAUUCGGCAAGGUUGGCUCGUCGACGAUGAGGGUGCUCCUCAAGAGGCGGGCAGUGCGCCAUGGCUGGCAGGACUUCGUCCCAGGCGUAGGGUGGGUCGGCCGUGAGUUUGCGAUGAGCCCGAACGACAACCUCAUCUGCCACGCCAAGGGAUCACGUCUUGCACAAGGGAUGGACGAAACGUCGGUUGCAAAGCUCGCGCCCCCUCCAUGUGCCGACGCGCCCGACGGGUACGUCGUUCAGACAGAUUACGGAUACUGCGAGGCGGUCGCGCCACGCCCGUGCCGCUACCUCACGAUCCUCCGCGAGCCCAUCUCCCGCGUCGUCUCGGCGUACAACUACUUCUGUCUUAGCUGCGAGGAGGGCGGGAUGCAAUGCGUGAAGAACGAGUCCAACCGUGCGGCCGCGGCCGCGAGCAACGCUAUGCUGCCGCUCGAUGCACACGGCCUGCCGCUAGCCAUGCCGCAGGCCGCCUGCCCUCACAUGUCGAUAGUCGAAUACGCGCUGUGGAGUGGGGAUAACUACUACGUCCGGCGGCUCGCGUGUGCAAAGGCGGGCGCAUGUAAUGCAGUGCACGAGGAGGGGCGGCAUGCGAUGGGCGCGGCCGAUCUGGAGGUCGCCGUACGGCGGCUUGAGCAGCCAGAGAUGCUUGUGGUCUUUACAGAGGAGCUCUCAACCCUGGCCAUCAGCGCGAUCGAGACCUACCUCGACGACGAGCUGCCACUGACGGCCAACUCCAACGUGCACGCGCACCGCUUCACCCCGAAUGCGACGGAGCUGCAGCAGCUAGGGAGCAUGCGCGUCCUUGGCUUCGACGUCAAGCUCUACCGCACACUCUGGGCGCGCGAGCACGGCAGCCCAGAGGGCACGUCGACGUCGGUGAGCCCAGAGGCUGUGGGCCGGCGAUUGAUGGCGUCGGAGGAGGUGCAACGCGGGGAGGCGCGCGUGCGGCUCAUGUGGCCCGCGGACGGCUUUGUAUUGCGCCUGUAA